AAAUGUAUCUUUUAGUAUUCAAGAUAUCGUAGCGCGAUAAAGACGCCCAGAAAACAUAUCGGAGUGACUUACAUCAACACUAAAAUAUAUAAUAAUAAAUGCGUUGGAAUACGACAAAUGGUUUCUAAUAGCAAUUAAAUUACAAAAUAAAAAAAACACAUUUUGUAUUUAAUUGAAAAAAGAUUUGAGACAAUUUACAAUAAAGUGUUGGUGCAAUUAAAUACAAAAACAAACAAAUUACUUUGAUUUUUUUUUUUGCAAAUUUUGCGCUUUUUGUUUGGAGAAUUUUUUGUUGCCGGCUUAAAAAACAGUUGUGUGCAUAAUUUUUGCAAGAAACGUGCAAAAAAAUAAAUGCAAAACAGCAAGCAAAACAAAAUAGAAAAUAUAAACAAGUGUCAGUUAAAAUAUUAUGCGUCGCAAAUAAAUAAAAAACAUAAAAAAAUACAGAAAACUGGUUUGUGAAAAUAAAAUCCAAUUAGUUUGCAGCAGAAGGGAAAUAUACAACGUGUAACAAGCAAAAUGAUCGUCGAAAGUGAGAAUCAAACAUACACUCAGGUGCCUUUGGAGAAUAAGCCCACCGAAGCUAAUGCCAAAAAAGCCAUAGACGAUACAGUUCAGCAAAGGAGUGAUGUGGAGAAGAUGGCACAAGUUAAGCUGAAGAAAGAAGCCGAAAAUGCGCCUGAGCACCCGCCAACAAACUACAUCACGACGCUAAUACACAUCUUCAAAGGCAACAUUGGACCCGGUCUCUUCGCUAUGGGUGAUGCCUUUAAAAAUGGCGGCAUAAUUGUGGGACCCAUACUGCUCGUUAUUAUCGGCGUAAUUUCGGUGCACUGUCAACAUGUGCUCGUCAGUUGCUCCGAAAAGAUGCGCGCUCUAACUAACGGUGUAGUGUGUGCUGACUAUGCCGAAACGGUGGAGCAGUGCUUCGCCAAUGGACCUGUCAAACUGCGUACCUGGUCGAAAAUGAUGAAAACCAUUGUGAAUAUUUUUAUAUGCGUCACGCAGUUGGGUUUCUGUUGUAUUUACAUCGUAUUCAUCAGCACAAAUAUGAAGCAGAUCUUCGAUGCUUACGAAGUCGAUAUCGAUGUACACCUUGUAAUGGUUAUCAUGUUUGUGCCCAUCUUGCUUACCUCGCUCAUAACAAACCUCAAAUGGUUGAUGCCUGUGUCGCUGGUCGCCUCCAUUUGCAUGGUUGUGGGUUUGGCCAUAACCAUAUUUUAUGCCCUUAAGGAUGGUUUGCCCAGCGCGGCGGAGCGCAAACUUUACACUGACGGUCCACACUUGGCGCUGUUUUUCGGCACCGCGAUCUUCGCCUUUGAGGGCAUAACUUUAGUGCUGCCACUGCGGAAUGCCAUGCGUAAACCAUCGGACUUUGCUCGCACCAUGGGUGUUCUAAAUAUGGGUAUGACCUUGGUGACCUUCAUGUUUUUGUUUGCCGGUAUCUUGGGUUACCUCAAGUGGGGUGAGGAAGUGGGCGGCAGUUUGACUUUGAACCUGGGCGAUACUAUUUUGGCGCAAUGUGUAAAGGUCAUGGUUUCAGUUGGUGUGAUGCUCGGUUAUCCCCUACAAUUCUUUAUUGCCAUACAAAUUAUGCUGCCAAAUGCUAUACAAAUUUUCCAUUUACAAAGUCGUCCAUUCACCGGAGAGCUGCUUUUCCGCACCAUUAUGGUGGUGCUGACCUUAUGCAUUGCUGAAUUGGUGCCCGCUUUGGGUCUCUUCAUGUCACUCAUCGGUGCGCUGUGCUCCACUGCUUUGGCCCUGGUAUUUCCACCGAUGAUAGAGCUAUUGAUUAAACGCGACGAUAAUAAAGGACCCGGUGUCUGGUUGUUCACCAAAAAUAUUGUCAUACUCAUAUUGGCCUUGAUGGGCUUCUCGACUGGCACCUACGAGAGUUUAUCGCAAAUCGUGACACAUUUUAAUGAAGCACAAUAACAUUUACGGAGAACUGUUAGAAAGUGUGACUCGAAUAGAUCUGCGUACAUAUGUAUAUACGUUUACAGUAUACACACAUAUAUGCAUACCUACAUAGAUACGUGGGUGUGUGUGUGUUUAGUUGUAGCUACAAUAAGUUUGUGAAUUUAUUAGACUAGAUUUAGCGUAUUUAAAUAGUGAUGAGUAUGUCUAUGUGCCAAUGUGAUUUUUAGUGAUACACGAUACUUCAGGUAUCAACUAUAAUCAUUUCUUAUUUUGAAUAUUUAUCAUUUAUAUUUAUAGUGUUGAUUUCACAAAAUAUUUAAUCAAAAAAUAAAGUUAUAUCGUGGAAUUAUUGCAAUCACAUGACUAGUUUUGUAUGCCAACAAAUGUCAAAUUUUCAAACCACCCCUUUUUUUCUAUAUGUA